AUGGCGACGGUCGACAAGAAUCAUCCUGCGAAUGAGAACAUAUCGAGCGUAGACGAAAAGAUCUCCCCAGGCGCAGCAAGCUCAGAGUCCCUAAAUCUCGGCAACGAAUUCGUCGACGAAGAUGUCAUCAUCAUCACUGGAGAAGAUGCCGCCGCGUAUCUCCUGCCCAUGCGCGACGACAGAGAUCCAGCCCUCACGUUCCGAUCACUCUUUCUGGCCACAGGGCUCGCCGCUUUUCAAGCUGUGAUGAAUCAGAUCUAUCUCUUCAAGCCGACCGUGGUGUCCAUCCAGGGCACUUUCAUCGUCCUCAUUGCAUAUUUUCUGGGGAUUGGAUGGGCGUUCGCAUUCCCGCGAGGCGAUCUUCAUCUGGCUCGAUGGCAAAGCAAGAACUUGCCCGGGAAACCUCCACUCUGGAUCUCAAUCGCAUCGUUCAUCAACCCUGGACCUUGGACGCUGAAAGAGCACGCGAUAUGCUCAAUCACAGCGACUUCCGCAUCAGCCGCUUGUGCCAGCGUGGAAGUCUUCGCAGCGCAGAAACUCUUCUACGACAUGCCGUUGACGGCCACAACUGUGAUAUGCACCACGAUCUCGCUUGGUCUGUUCGGCUACGGACUUUGUGGCUUGCUUCAGCCAAUAACAGUCUGGCAUGUGGAAGCCGUCUACUGGAGCUGCUUGCCAACAGUGAAGACGCUUCAGGGGCUACACUGGCAGUCUGUGAGGAAUUCAAAGCCCCUUCGCUGGUUCUGGUACUGCUUUGGUGGCAUGUUCUUCUUCGAAUUUUUCCCAGCAUAUGUCUGGCCGUGGCUCAACUCUGUCUCCAUACCCUGCCUCGCAUCCAAGAACGCGAAAGGUUCAAAGGCCAAGACGCUCACGAAUCUGUUCGGAGGAGCCACGAACAACGAAGGUCUCGGGCUGUUUGCACUUUCAUUCGACUGGCAAUACAUCACCUCUUUCCAGACGUCGCUUCCACUUACGCUCCAGCUUCACAUGGCCUUCGGAUAUUUCGUCUGCUUUAUCGCCAUGGUCGCGAUCUACUACACAGGUGCAUGGGGUGCAAGGUCUUUGCCAUUCAUGUCUACGAAGCAGCUUCUGCCGGAUGGCUCCAAGUAUCCCAUCACCAAACUUUUCGCAGGCGGAUCACUGAACCACGAGGAGCUUGCGAAGUACGGCCUUCCCAAGCUUGCCGGUACUUUUGCUUAUGGAUUGUUGAUCGGCAACGCUGCCAUUGGUGCUCUCAUCACACAUGUCGCCCUGUUCUGGGGCGGCGAUGCAUGGAGGGCAUACAAGUCAAGUCGCAAGAGCGAGUACAACGAUCCCCAUCACGCCCAUAUGAACAAGAACUACAGAGAAACGCCAUGGUGGUGGUUCGUAAUUACUUUGAUCAUCAGCUUUGUAUUGGGACUCAUCGUCGUCAUCAAGGAGGACAUCACUUUACCCGUCUGGGCGUAUGUGGUAGCAUUGAUCAUUGGAUCAAUCAUGGCACCUUUCAGCAACAUCCUCUAUUCACGUUACGGCAACGGCAUAGCGACGAACAACAUGUCCAAGAUGGUGGCCGGUCUGCUGAUUCCUGAACGUCCCGUCGGCAACAUGUACUUCGCCGCUUGGUCACAUAACGUUGUCUCCUGCACUAUACAACUAUCAUCGGAUUUGAAGAUGGGCGACUAUCUCAAGAUUCCACCUCGCGUCAUGUUCUUGACCCAAUGCUGGGGCACCAUCUUCGGCGGCUUCAUCAACUACGUCGUCAUGAUCUCCAUCGUAAACUCCAACGCCGACCUCCUCCGCGACAGCAACGGCAACUCCUCCUGGUCCGGCGCCCAUUUCCAAGCCUACAACACCAACGCUACAGGCUGGGCUCUAGCCCGAUACCUCUACAAAGUCGGCGCAGAAUACUACAUGGUUCCCGUCGGCAUAGCGAUCGGUUCAGGAGCGAUCCCACUGACGUGUAUCGUUGCAAAGUUCGUCCCCAAAGUCGGCCGCCUCUCCACCUACGACCUCAAUCUCCCCCAACUCAUCCAGUUCGCCGGAUUCAUUCCCUACAACCAAUCGCAAACCUGCGUGAUUUUCAGCCAAAUCCUCGCGGGCUUGUACGUCCAAUACUUCCUCCGAAACUACCGACCCAGGAUUUUCCGAGAUUACUCUUACAUCAUCACCGGAGCCAUGGAUGGAGCGGUCUUUUCCUGCUUGUUCAUCUUAUCCUUCGCGGUCUUCGGAGCUGGAGGGAAAUCCCAUCCGUUCCCGCAAUGGUGGGGAAAUAAUAUCAAUGGGAAUUAUGAUUUUUGUCCUACGGGGGACUAA